UAAGAGCUCCCAUGGGUCUGGUGGCAUUGCUGUGUGAAACUAUACACCCUUCUCCUCAUGCGUCUGCACUAUAUUGACUUCCCUGUGAAAGACAGACCUCUAUAUAUAUCUGACUCCCCUUCAUCUGCUUCCCCCGUUUACCAAAAUCCUCCCUAUAGAAAUCAGCCCUGCUUAACCCCUCCCUCCCUCUCACUAUCUCUCUCUAGCUACUUCCAUAACCUCCUCCCGAACUCGCUCUGUGAUUGCAGUGAUGUGUCUGUUAUUCAAAGACCCUUGUCCUCCCUCCCCGUCCUCCUCAAGGGUUGCCUGGCUGGGCAUCGGCGGUUAGGACUCCUGCUCCAGAGUCCAUGGAUGGGGACCUGCAGCGAUUUGUGAGGAGGAACUCCGAUGCCAUGAUUGAUUGGCCCAAUGGCACAGUGCCCAGCCAGUGGGAGGAUGAGAGCAGCGCUCAGGAGAGGUCAGAGUGUGUGCUGGCUUACAUCCCUGUCGUCUACUACAGUACUCUGUUGUGUGUUGGAGUGCCAGUGAACAUCCUGACGUUGGUGGCUCUUUACCGGCUGUCUGUUCGUACUCAGAAGGCCCUGUACGUGUAUCUUCUUGCUCUAACUGGUUCAGACAUCCUCAGCCAGCUGUUCAUCAUCUUCGUGGGCUUCCUGUUGGAAACGGCCAUGUUUCACCGAGACGUCCCUGUGCUGCUGCUGAGGUCGGUCAGUAUGAUGGAGUUUUCCGCCAACCAUGCAUCCAUCUGGGCCACCGUACCCCUCACGGUGGACCGCUAUGUCGCUUUGUGCCACCCACUACUCCAUCGGCAGAUCAGUUACCCGGCACGAGCCCGGCGGAUCAUCGCAGUGGUGCUCAUAUUGGCGCUAGUAUCUGGCGUGCCGUUCUUCUGGUGGUCAGACAUGUGGAGGGUCAACCGUGCACCUAACAACUUGGAUACUGCCUUGAUUUGGACCCACGUGACUAUUAUUUAUUUUCUUCCAUGCUGCAUCUUCCUGGUGCUAAACUCCUUGAUCAUUUUGAGGCUCCGGAAGAGACAGCGACAGCCGAUGUGCCAAGAUGAGAGCAGGCAGCAGCUGGCAGUGCCAGGCAAGCUGGGUAAAACCACAGCUAUGCUCCUAGCAGUGACUUCUGUGUUUGCUGUCCUGUGGGCACCUCGUACCGCAGUGGUACUCUACCAUCUCUAUGUGUAUUCGGUGCACAAUGAUUGGCGAGUACAUUUAGCAUAUGACUUAGCCAACAUGUUAGCCAUGCUAAACACUGCUGUGAAUUUCUUUCUCUACUGUUUUGUCAGCAAACCUUUUAGAGCAGCAGUGAGGGAUGUCCUAUUGUUCCGGUGGGGACCGUUGCACCCACGCCACCCCCUACAUCACCAGCGCACUGCUGCCAAUGCCUCCACCUCCUCUGUUUUCAGCUCCAAACGUUCCCAACGAGAGGUCACCCCUCUCUCUCCCAAAAGGGUAGACAUCAAGAUGUAGUACUGCUAAAAGGGAUAUUCUGUUAUCAUUUAAUCACCCUUAUGUUGUUU